CUUCCAUCAUGAGCUCCAACAGCGACAGUGCUAGCAGUAGUGGCAGCGAUAGCAGCAGCAGCGGUAAUAGUAGCGACGCCGCAUGGGACCUUCUACUCCACUCAAUCGCCGAAAGGGAGACAUGGCUCAAAUCAUACGGUAUGAUGCCUUACACGCACAUGCUGGAGAACAAUGAGUACGACACCGAGAAGUUCGAUGCCUACAAGGCCAUUGAGGAAGAGGGAAAGCAGUUUCCCGUUUGUAAGGAAACACCUGGUGUCCUUUCCGACGAAUUCAAGCAGCAUCUUGAGCAGCGCAAGGAAUACUGCCUCGACUUGAUGGCCAAGAGCGGAGCGCGCGCGCAGAUCCUUUGUGUACUGCAGACUCAAUGCAUUGAAAAGGUCGUCGUCCUUGCCCUGGGCAGCAUCUUCGACUGCGACAUCAACAACACCAUCUGGGAACACGAACUCGGCUUGAUCCUGGCCAUCUUCCACCUCGUCAAACGACACGCACAGCGCAACAAGACUCCCAACCCCAAACUCAUCUUCCAGGACCCGAUAUUCUGCACCGCCGACGACCGUCUCCUGACCGAUCUGGGAGGAGAAGUGGUGCAGAGCCCUGAAGCCUUCACCAUCAAACACACCGGCGACAAGACCUUUGUGGUUGCUCUCAACGCACCUCAUGUCAUCGCCUAUUAUGGCAUCUACCCAAGCUCUCCUGCAAUGUGCCUGAUCAACAAGAUUGAAAAGUCGAUUGAAGGGGCUCUGGAGUGUAAAGGCCAUGCCGGUGGAAUCAGAGACAGCACAGACGUCCUUGGUGUUGUGAAAGCCUUCAUGGAGGGCAGGGAGAGUGUGGACAUGCACGAAGUCGUGCUUCCCAUAUGUCCCUGUGUGCCAUCGUGCAAGCCAUCCGACGUUUUCGAGAACAUGGCCUUGUAUUGGAAGAAGUAGAUGGGAUCGCUACAGCAAGGACAUAUCAAUGAUUUGAAUUGACGAUCGAAGUAAUAUCAAUUUCGUCUUGUCAAAACAGCAAACUCCU